AAUAUUUUAAAUCACUGAAUAAAAUCUUGAUUGAAAAUUACUGAAAAUAUCAAACACGGACGUCAUAAUAUAGUCAAUCUUGCGUAGGAGUAUGUUUUUAUGUAUAGGCACCUAACCAUCCGUGCACCUUUUCGGUAUAAAAUGGGAUACAAAUGCAGGGUGAACUCUUUUAACUGCCUCAGUUAACGUGUGGCAGCCGUAGGUAAACUUACCUCCCAGAGCGUGUAUGAGCAACAGGUGAGGAAAAUACACCGAAACCGAAAAACACAAAAUGCAUAAGUUUUUCGUUCAAAUAUAUAUCUUUGUGUUGAUCAUUUGGGCUGUGGAAAAGUCUGAUUGCAAACAAGGAGGUCAUCAGAACCAGCUAAUGAAUGCUGAAGAUUUCGAUUUUUAUAAUGGAGCAUGCUUAAAUUAUGGUCAUUCGUGUUGGGGAGCUCACGGCAAGCGCAACGUCCCAAACGACCUAGACAGUUUGAUAAGAUAUCGGAUGGCUGUUUUUAAGAAAUCGGGACACAGAGACUCAUUCAUAAAUCCAAACGCAGACCAAUCGCAAGAAGAUAUUCCAAACUAUUACAAUAUUUUUAAACAUUAUUCGAAAAUAAAUUCGGUGAAAACAAAUAACGAUGACACCGUUGACACCUGGAGCCUUGAGCCGAGCAAUAACUUACCUAGCGGUGGGUCGUACUAUGAAGAUCAAGUCUUAGAUCCCAGGAUUGAAUAUAAAAUUAUGAAAAUAUAGGCGAAGAAGUACCACAAUUUAUUCUACAACGUUAAUAGUUCAUACUUGGAGAAACCGGAAAAAUUAAUAUUUCAAAUAUGUAACAACAAUACCUUGUAAAUGUCAAAAUAAUAAGAUAUUAAAAUUUUGGUCACAUAUUUUAAUUUAAAUACACAACCUACGAACACCGUUAAUGCAAACAUUAUUUAUAUUUUCUGAUAACAUUUUAAAAAGUGUUUGUUUCUU